AUGGGGCGCGGGCCGGUGCAGCUGCGCCGGAUCGAGAACAAGAUCAACCGCCAGGUGACCUUCUCCAAGCGCCGGAACGGGCUGCUGAAGAAGGCCCACGAGAUCUCCGUGCUCUGCGAUGCAGAGGUCGCGCUCAUCGUCUUCUCCACUAAGGGGAAGCUCUACGAGUACUCUAGCCAUUCUAGCAAGGAAGGCAUUCUUGGGCGUUACCAGCGGUACUCAUUUGAAGAAAGAGCAGUACUUGACCCAAGUAUUGAAGACCAGAAUCAGCUCAUGUUCGAUUCAAUUUCCGAGCUUCAGAAAAAGCUCAUGGAGGCAGAGAAGGAGAAAAACAAUGCUUUAAUGAACGCACACCUCCGGGAGCAGCAAAAUGGAGCAUCAACAAGCUCCCCAUCACUGUCACCACCAAUGGUUCCAGAUUCCAUGCCAACUCUAAAUAUUGGGCCAUGUCAACCUAGAGGGGCAGGAGAAUCUGAGCCUGAACCGUCUCCUGCUCCUGUACAAGCAAACAGCGGCAACCUGCCACCAUGGAUGCACCUCACUGUCAGUAACAGGUGA